AUGAGCCAAAAACCUAAUAGUGCCAAUAGUGCCAAUAGUAGUAAUAAUACAAAUGCUGUCUGUAAACCACCGGCAGAUGCCGUUGCAGCUGGAUGUAUUGCUGCAGCUAUACGACGGCAUCGACGGAAAAAGCAUCGUGAUUCUGCAUCUUUUGAACAUCUUGUUGAACGUGAAAAACGUAAACGACGUACAACGUUUGCACGUUUUCUUGAAACAUUUGUUCGAAAAGUUUUUGAUACUCAAGAAAAGAUUGGUAUAUCAUUAAACAUGUUGUUCUAUCCGAAGCUCAUCAUCUUCAUUCACUUAAAGGUUGAAAUGCCUUGA